UGCUUUAAGUUACUACGUUAUGAGAUAUGCUGUUAAAAAAUUAUGUACCAUUACCUGAUAAUUAUGUAUAUCCACAACAUUUUAAGAUAUGUUCGUUAAUGCAUUCAGUUAUAAUUCACAUAUAUUCGAAACUAUACUAUAAUAUGUUCGAUGAGGGGUACCCUGAUGUCUGGCCCCACUGUAGAUUACCGUACAUCCAAGUAAUCUCCGUAUCGUUUCCGAAAUUACAUGCGUAAACACUUGCGCCCAGUAGUCAAAAGAGUGCCUGAAUGAUUUGUUCGAAGUUGUUUGUGUUUUCCUCUUUAUUUUUUUUUGAACGACUGUGCGGCUGAGGGAGAGGUAGUGUGGUGCGGCGAAUUUGUACUAUAGAAAAAAUAGUCAUUUAAUUAAAAACUUAAUGUAUAAGUUGUUUGUAUAAAUUAUAGGUGUACAACAUUACGAUUAAAAUGAUUAUUGACGGAAUAGACUGGGAUAUGAAUAAAGUUGACGAUGGUGUUAUCAAAAUUGUUGAAGAAGUUCAGCUAAGAAAAUAUGGCAAGUUUCUUGAAGAAUAUGGGACACAAUUGAGAGCAAUUGAACAUGCACUAGAUGAUACUUUGAGUGAUGUUUGGAAUUCUGAUUUAGAUCCACUUUCAUUAUUACUCUUGCCUUGUGAAAGAAUUACAGUUCUGGAUUUGAUAUGUACUGAUAAUAAAGUGCUAAACAAAGUUAUCUCUGUUCUUGCUGUAUUAUGUUGUGAAAUGGAUCAUCUCUGUUAUGAAGCAAAAGAGAAAUAUUUUCCAGCUGUUCUUUUCUAUGGUGAAGGAGAUUCACCUGCUGCCUUGGUAGAUGGUGAAGCUCAUAUUUAUAUAGGAAGGAUGAUUCCUUUUAUGCAGGAACUUUCCUGCUUUGUGAAACGCUGUUACCUUGUAGUGAAAAAUGUGAUUCAUCAAUUAUCAGCUUUAUAUUGUGGUGGUAAAAAUGAAACUGCAGUAAUUGAUGUUACUGAUGUUCACUUUCAGACUGUUUAUAAGCACUUGGGAUCACUUUUAACUGCUCUAGUCACAUUAGAUGAGAUUAUAGAUGGGCAAGUGACCCUUCGAGAACAUUGGACUCAAUAUAAAAGAAUGUUGGUAUCAAUACAUCACAAUCCAUCGAAAUUAGGGUUUACAGCUGAGAAGUUAAGACCAUUUGAGAAGCUGAUGAGAAAAUUAGAAAACCAGCUAUUGGAUGGAUGUAUAUUUUUGCGAUGUGUUGAACAAAUUUUUGAUGAUGAGAAAAAUUUUGUGUCGAAGAAUAAAUUUUUUGCUGAAGAAUUUGCUCUUAACAUUAAGAAUCAGUUCAUAGUGAUGGAGCCAAAGUUAGGUGAAGUUAAUGAAUUUGAUGCUCGGCUAAAGCUUCCUGAUAUCUGCUGUCUGUUUGUUUUACAUUUUUAUUUGUUUCGUGUCAUUGAUAAGAAGUUCUUUAAAUCUCUGUGGGACACACAUAAAAAGGUUCCUGGGGUGCCUCUAGUUGGUAACAUAUUAUGGUUUUCUGAUAUAUUUUUGUUAACACGUUUACCUGUAAUGGCUCGAACUGUAGAGAGAAAAUCCCAAGAUGCUGUGAAGCAGUCACGCCAGUCCUAUUUAUUACAGAAAAAUCACAGCUUAAUAAAAGAUGCGCAAAAUUUUUAUGUACAAGUCAUGGCCUGGAUGAUAGAAAUGGAUUCUUGUUUAACAGAUACUGGACAACUUCUUGAAGAUCUUAAUAGAAAAUGUGCACUUCUGUUGCAGGGUUUGAAACUAGCAUGGAAUAUUAGUCAUCAAGUAAAGACAGUCCAUGAAUCUUCAUAUUUCAUUAUCAAAACCAAUGACGAAGACUUCAGUAAAAAAAAAAACCAACGGGGGGGCCCACUUUGUAAAAUGAGUGAGUAUGCUGACG